GCAGCAGUGUCGUGUGCAAAAAAGGGCACGACAGAAGCGCGUCUGGGGAACGUGACGUCUUGGACGACGCUGACAAUUAGAUGCACGUCCACAUGAUCCGCUGGCUGGACCGUCGUGGCUCCCCUCCGCGAUUCUACAUCCGCGGCUGGCCAACCCCGAUGAAUCGCAUUUCCGAACUCGGCCGGGGGCCAAGCCUGGCGCCCACGCCGUGUACCACUACUGGAGACACCCCCAUAGCCGAUACCCGCGCCGGCAGGCUACCUUGCCACCAUCGUUGUACAUUUCGUGCUCGUCGGCCUGGUACAUUUCGUCGCUGUCGCUGUCGUCACCACUAGGGUUGGACUUUUGUUGUUUCGGAUCUCUUGCGCACACACACAACACACGCAAUCACAUACUCAACAACUCCAUAGAAUAAUUCAUUAUGGGCAGCAUUGGCGAACCGAAACCAGACUACGAUGUCUUGAUCAUUGGAGCCGGCCUGAGUGGCAUCUACUCCCUGUACCGCAUGCGAGAGCUCGGGCUGAAGGCAAGAGUUCUUGAAGCAGCUUCAGGCGAGGGCGGAACGUGGUGGUGGAACCGAUAUCCUGGGUGCCGCUUCGACAGCGAGUCGUACACAUACCAUUUCACGUUCUCCCAGGAGGUCCUGGACGAAUGGGACUGGUCUGAGCAUUUCUCACCUCAAUCCGAAACGUUGCGCUAUGCGAACUACAUUACGGACAAGUUUGACCUGCGGAAAGACAUGCAGUUCGACACCAAGGUCAAGACCGCCCACUGGCAGGACGAUUUGCACACCUGGCUCUUGACCGACGCCUCCGGGAAAUCCUACUCUUCGACCUUUUUGAUUACAGCAAUGGGAAUUUUGAAUGAUCCGACACUACCGAAUAUUCCCGGUGUUGAGAGCUUCAAGGGUCAGGCGUUCCACACGUCUCGCUGGCCUCAUGAGUGGAGCAUGGAUGGCAAACGAGUCGGCAUCAUUGGCACCGGCGCCACUGCAAUCCAAAUCAUCCCUGAACUGGCCAAACGCCCAAUCGAGAGUUUGACUGUUUUCCAACGCACGGCGAAUUGGGCUGCUCCGCUCCGUAAUGGCAAAAUCGACGCCGAAGAGAUGACCGACCUGCGCAAGCGUUACCCCGAAAUCAUCCAAGCCUGUGCCGACUCGGCUGGCGGCUUCUGCUAUUCCAUGGACACCCGCAAAACCAUGGAAGUGCCGGAGAAAGAACGACUGGCUUUCUGGGAAGACUUGUACUCCCAACGCGGAUUCGCCAAGUGGAUGGGUGCCUUUGCGGACCACCUAACCAACCGGGAGGCCAACAAAGCAUUCAGUGAUUUCAACGCCAACAAAAUCCGCCAGCGCUUGAACGAUCCGGCCAUUGCGGAGAAGCUCAUUCCUCAGGGCCAUGGUUUUGGGACUCGGCGUGUGCCGCUCGAAACCAACUACUUUGAAGUCUACAAUCGUCCCAACGUCCGUCUCGUCGACUAUGCAACGGACAGCCCGAUUGAGAGAAUCACCGAGACGGGCGUCGUCCUCGCCAGUGGCGAGAAGAUUGAGCUUGAUUGUCUCGUAUACGCGACUGGGUUCGAUGCCGUCACCGGAGCACUACUCCGAGGGAUCGACAUGCGAGGCAUUGGCGGCACCACUCUCUCCGAAGCGUGGAGCGAAGGCGUCAAGACGUAUCUGGGUCUGUUCGUCAAGGGAUUCCCCAACAUGACCAUGAUCAUGGGACCCCAUCAGGCCUUUGGAAACAUUCCGCGCAGUAUCGAAUUUGCCGUCGAUUCGGUGGCGAGGUUCAUCAAGUUUUGCCUGGAUAACGGCAUCACAUAUGCCGAUGCGAAGGAGGAGGGUGUGCAACAGUGGACGGAUCAUGUUCUCAAAAACUCCGAGGGUCAAUUGUCGAAUGAAGUGGACUCGUGGUUGACUGGUGUCAACAAGAACGUGGCGGGCAAGACUGUCCGUUUCCCCGUCCGUUACACCGGUCCUGGGCCGCUGUACCGGAAGACGGUCAACGAUGUGGGGGAUAACGGGUGGAAGCUAUUGGAUUUGCAGAAGUAGACGGGUAGGCAUAGCAUUGUGUACAAGGCGUUAUUAGCGAAUGUAGAAGACUGCUUAUAUUUUGU